AUGGCUAACGGUGAGACGGGUGGGGUGGGGGUUUGCCUCAGCGGGGGCUGCCCCGCAAGGUGACCCUGCGCCUUGUUCCUCCUCCCUGACUAACUGCCACCCCCACCUUCCAGAGCGGGGCAGCGCCCUCGGGGCGAGGACCAGAGGCUGGCCUGGGGGCAUCUUCGCUAGACGCCCCCCCCUGCUGCCCGCCACCCUUAAGAGCCGGGAGGCCCUGACUCAAGACGGCCUCUCUCUCUCUCUCUUCCCUUGCAGUGUAUUCGCUGGACGGGCUGCUGGUGUUCGGGUUGCUCUUCGUGUGCACCUGCGCCUACUUCCGGAAGGUGCCUCGGCUGAAAGUCUGGCUGCUCUCGGAGAAGAGGGGCGUCUGGGGGGUAUUCUACAAAGGUAAGCCUCCCGCUCUCAACCCCAGGGAUCAACCGGGAGGGAAGGCGAAAUGGGUGGGAACAGAACAAGUCUGGGCAGCCUUCACAAACUGCCAGGAGAGGAAGAAGUUCUUUGCCUAUUUCAUGCCAUAAAAUGUUCAUGACAUAAAAUGUUAAACAAACGAACAAACCUUCAAGGAAAUGUUCCUGACAGUUGGUAGAAUGGAGUUAAGCUUAGGAAGCGUCUGCAUUGUGACUUGGGAUGCAUCACAACAGGCUUGUUUAUGCGAUCGGUCGCUUCAGAGAGUGGGGGUUUGUUGACUGGUUCUAUGGUGAGUUUUGAUAGCUGUUUUUUUGAGGAGCGUGGGGAACCACUUGUUCCUAGGAUCUCUAGGUUACAACAGGACAAGUGCAUAAUAAAUCUUGGUUCUCAGCUUCAUUCUUUUAAUUGCUUAAGAGCAAACAAAAUUGUUAAAGCUGCUGUAAAAAAAAAAUACUAACUUCAGUAGAACAGAACUUAGUAAGUGGUAAGCAACAAGUACUCAGUGAGGUAGAACUUCUUACUGUUCAAUUCAGACAGAAUUUGCAUCUCUCCCCACCCCUAUUAACCAUUUCUAAUAUGGUCACUAGGCAAUUACUUGGUGGGGAAUUUGGAUUUCCAGCAUAGUUGAGUUUGAUGCCCUUGCUUUAGUUUAUGUGGUAAUAAAGACGAUCUAGUGCUUAUGCUGAAUUCUCACAAAAAUUCUAAGAAGUAAUGUGUGCUCUAUACUGUUACAACUUGUAAAUGUCUCUCUUGUUUUCCAGCGGCAGUGAUUGGUACUAGACUCCAUGCAGCAGUGGCAAUAUCCUGCAUUGUAAUGGCUUUUUAUGUCCUCUUUAUAAAAUGA